CUAUCUCUUCGGGGGUGUGAAAAUAAGCAUUGAUGAAUUGCAGAAUCACAGUGAAUAAUAAAGGAAAAGUUAAAUUAAUUAAAUUAUAAGCAAAAUGGUAGCAAGUCAAGAUGUUGAGAUGGAAGUCGUAGAAAGUACGGAAAAUGCAGAACCGAAAAAAGAUACAGACGUUUUGUCUGUUCAAGAAAUCCGUGAACAUGUUAAACUCAUCGAUAAAGCUGUAUCUAGUAAAGAACCUCGCUUUAUAUUGAGAGUAUUACGUUCAUUGCCUAAUACUCGACGUAAAUUAAAUCCUAAUGUUUUGAGAGCACUAGCAAGUCAGUUAUAUCCAAGUAAUGAACGUGAUGCAAUUUUGGUGUAUGUAGAGGAGGCUACUAAUCCAGAAAUUGAAGUAACUCGUCCAAAAUCUAUCAAAACACCACUCCCAGAAGUCGAUGCAUACUUCCAUUUGCUAUCAUUAGUACGAUUACUUGAUGCAAAUCUCAUAGAAAGAGCAUCUACUUGUGCUCAACAAUUGAUGACAAAGAUUAUGUCGCAAAAUCGUCGAUCUCUGGAUCUUAUUGCUGCAAAGAGUUAUUUCUAUCAUUCACGAGUUGCUGAAUUGACAAACAAGUUGGACACUAUUCGAGGAUUCUUACAUGCUCGCUUGAGAACAGCAACACUUCGUAAUGACUUUGAGGGUCAAGCUGUUUUGAUCAAUUGUCUUUUAAGAAAUUACUUACAUUAUUCACUCUACGAUCAAGCUGAUAAGUUGGUCAAUAAAUCAGUCUUUCCUGAAACUGCAAGUAACAAUGAAUGGGCUAGAUUUUUGUACUAUUUGGGUCGCAUAAAGGCCGCAAAAUUAGAAUAUAGUGUAGCACAUAAGCACCUUAUUCAGGCAUUAAGAAAAGCUCCUCAGCAUGCAGCUGUAGGUUUCCGUCAAACUGUUCAGAAAUUAGUGAUAGUUGUUGAAUUAUUAUUGGGUGACAUACCUGAACGACAAAUCUUUCGUCAAACGGCUUUACGCCGUUCCUUGGUUCCAUAUUUUCAACUGACUCAAGCUGUUCGUUUGGGUAACUUGAAGCGAUUCGGAGAAGUUCUUACAAAUUUCGGUGAAAAAUUCCGUCACGAUCAUACAUUUACUCUCAUCAUUCGUUUGAGACAUAAUGUCAUUAAGACUGCAAUCAGAUCAAUUGGAUUAUCUUAUUCGCGUAUAUCACCAGCUGAUAUAGCAAAGAAAUUAGGAAUCGAUUCGAAGGAAGAUGCUGAAUUUAUUGUUGCUAAAGCUAUUCGUGAUGGUGUUAUUGAGGCAACUUUAGAUCCUGAGAAGGGCUACAUGAGAAGCAAAGAGAGCACAGACAUUUAUUCUACUCGCGAGCCUCAAUUAGCUUUUCAUCAACGCAUAGUCUUUUGCUUAGAUUUACAUAAUCAAUCAGUCAAAGCAAUGCGUUAUCCACCAAAAUCUUAUGGAAAGGAUUUGGAAAGUGCUGAAGAAAGAAUCGAACGAGAACAACAGGAAGUCGAAUUAGCAAAGGAAAUGGCUGAAGAUGACGAUGAUGGAUUUUAAAUUUAUAAUUUUGUAUUAUUUUCAAUUAAUGGAAAUUUUCGUGAAAUUUAUUCUCGCUUCGUAAAACUUAUUAAUAAAACAUGAAACAUACUAAAAAACGGAA